AUGACUCAAGUAGUGAGCUAUGGGGAAGACCCAUUGCAAAGUCUAAAAGAAUUCAAUUACAAUCCGCAAAAUCAGAAGACUUUAAUUUUCAUUCAUGGUGGUGCGUGGAGAGAUCCUCAUAAUACCUACGAUGACUUUGGGGAGCUAAUAGAUCAGCUUCCUCGAAAUGUCAAUUACUUCAGUUUGAACUACCGUCUAUCUCCACAAUCAAAACAUCCCGAUCACCUCGAAGAUGUCAUUUAUGCUUUAAAGUUCUUAGAAACUCACUACAAUGUGAAACGUGCCCUGUUAGUUGGUCACUCAGUGGGAGCGACUCUAAUCUUACAAUUGCUUACGUACAAAACACUUUUAGGUGAAAGGAUGAUUAGUCCUCAUGUGAUUGAACUAGAAAACUUAUACUUCUUGGAUGGCAUCUACGAUAUUGUUGAACUACUAGCGGAGUAUCCAACUUACCUGCUGUUUGUGAACGAGGCUUUUGAUUCUGAGACCGAUUAUGCUAAUGCGACCGCCAUCAGUAGGCCAACCAUGAACUUUGAGCUUGAUUUCGGUCAUAUUUUCAUUCUACAAUCCCUAGAUGAUGAGCUUUUAAGUGAAAGGCAACUGGACUUUUUCGCUCACUAUCUCAAGAAGAAGUGUAUAGCUUUUGAGGAUCGCAGAGGACACUGGGGUAAGCACGAAGAAGUCUAUCGCAGAGGCGAAAUUGCAGAAAUCCUCAGAACCUCGAUGCAACUUGAUUAA